CAAACAUAUAAGAUGAAACACUGUAUAAACUCUAUGUGGUCUGUUGUAAUAUUAUAAUACCGAGUUGAAGACGAAUGUAGUAUGUGAAUAAAUACGUGAAGCCCCGCCCUUGCAGGCAGUGCCAUAAAUUAAAACAAGCGCCUUUGUUUUGUCUCGUCUCUGAUCGGUCAGUUCCCGCUACUGUCUGUUGGCGCGGUUGUCGAAUUUACGGAAGUGGGGGACGUAGAAACAAACGACAAACUUAUAUUUUUUGUCACCAAAAGGGUAUGUAUGACUACCUGUCCUUUUUACUUAAAAUAAAAACAACAUCGAUUCAAUGCGGUUAUAACCUGGUAAGUUGUCUUUGAGUUCUAGUCAACGUUUGAGGUUUUACUUCUAAGACAGUUAACCUGUAAAAGUCAAAUGUUUGGUACUUUGACGGUUCUUUUACAAGUCAUGAUUUCCUCCAGUUUAAAACAUUGAAGUACUGACGUAAUAGGGAUCAUUGUAAAACGGAUUAAUCAAGACAACAGCAGAGUACACACGGAAUGUGUUAAAUGUAACACCACUGUCGGCAGUACAGAUUUACAGAUAAUGUAAAGUCAGUCUAAACACGGGCUUUUGAGCAGAGCUCAUCUAAAACGUCUUUUCUAGUUAAACUGUGGGGUAGAGUGGAGUAAGUUCAGCCAAAGAGUAAAUUGAGCCACCCCCUGUUGAUGAAGAAAUUGAUCAUGGGAUCAUGUUAGGAGAUGGGCAUAAAUUCAGAGUCUGUGAAGAUUAGAAUCACAUGGGUGAAGGGGUUAGACAUUUAUUUACAGAAAAAAAAAAAACAUUUUCCACUCUUGAAAGUGAAUUUAGUCUGUCAUAAUUUCAUUAGAAUUAUGUCCAGACCAAAAAAGAUCAUUUUAAAUUAGUUUUAUACAUCAAUUGUGGUAUUUAUGAGCUACAACAUGACGUCAAAAAACCUAGCAUAAAAGUCCACCAUUUUAGCUUAGAGGACUAAUAAAGUCAUAAUAGUAGUUCUGGGGUAAGUUGAGCCGGUGGAUCAACUGAGAAAGUAAAGGAGUCUGAUGAGAGGAUCAGAGUUUCAGUUCAGAUUGUUGAAAUGUGUUACUUUGUGUUACAUGGGGUAAGUAAACCAUAGGAGACCACUUUUUUGGCAUGCUAUAUUAUCAAGAUAGUUAUGUUUACACUCAUUCUGUUGGUUUGCAGGGAUGCACAACAUCUUGAUAUAUAUGCAGAUACACUAGUUAGAGACAAAACUAUGAUUGACUUGAUGUAAUGAUCUGAAAUAUGAAAAAUGGCUCAUCUUACCCCACUCUCCCCUAUAGUCCACAAAGCAUGGAGAAUGGGAGGGUCGAUUUUCCAUUCCCCUACCAGCCUUACAACAUCCAGCAGCAGUUUAUGCAAGCCUUAUACAGUGCACUGGACCAGGGGAAAGUUGGCAUCUUUGAAAGUCCAACUGGGACGGUAUGUACAUGAGCAUUUCAGCUUAAACCUUCGACUUGUCUUGGUAGUACAGUUUGUGUUUUAAACAUGUAUUUCCUCAAACAUAGGGCAAAUCCCUGAGUUUGAUUUGUGGGGCGCUGAGCUGGCUCACAGACUAUGAGGAGAAGAGGAAAAAUGAGGCGGCUGCUCUACUCCAAGAAGGAGAAACUGCUCUUACCACUCCUGCAACGGAACCCCCUGGGACCAGCUCCUCAACAGAGCUCGACUGGAUCACCGAUUUUGUUCAGAAAAAGGCAGAACGAGAUUUGGUGUCCAAGCUGAAGGUUAGAAAUGUCAUCAAUUUGACAUGUGAUCCUGGCAGAGAGUUUUGUCUUUUUACCUACAUAUCUUUCAGAUGUCAAUCAUUGACUUUUUGUGUGUCAGGAGGAAGAAUUAAAAAGAAAGAAGAGAGAGGAGCGAUUAGAGAUGAUCAGAAACAACGCUCAGCUGAAAUAUGCAAUGAAAAGAAAAGUAGGUGGUCACUAGUUAUGAAAACUUAACCCAAGAACCACAACCUAUAUCAGUACAGUCAAUACAUCUUGAUAUAUGAAAUUCAUAGAUUUUUUUCUGCAGAGCUGUGAAGAUGAUGAGGCAUUUAAGUUGCUUGAACAAAGCAAAGAAGACCAAACAGAGGCUCAAGGGGAGGAUGAGGAGCUCCUUGUUGCAGAAUAUGAGAGUGAUGAUGAAUCCAAAACUAGCAGCAGGUGAGGAGGAUGGACAGUCAUCAGUAUUCAGAUCAAUGUUGCAUCACAUUAAGAAAUGACAACAGAAAUGCAGAGGUGUUUUUUUUUCCCCCUCAUAUUUAGAUUAAAUACUGCCGAGGAUGACCUGGAUGAUGAGCUCGUUGAAGAACAUGUUGCAAAGGUGUGAGAUAUUUUACAUUUAACUGAGAAAAGAAGUAUCCCACUGAUGAAACAGUGCCACAUAUUGCUCUGGGGUUAAACUAUCUGCAUAUGUAUGUCAAUAGAUCUACUACUGCAGCCGCACUCACUCCCAGCUGGCCCAGUUCGUGCAUGAGGUUCAAAAAAGCCCCUUCAGCAAGGACAUCAGUCUGGUCACGCUGGGCUCACGACAGGUCUGUAACCAUGACAGGAGGUCACACAAGAGCACAAAGUGAAAGGAUUUGAUGUGCAGUAAAUUUUGUGAGAUCUCAUUAGCUUUAAAUAGACUGUAUCUCACUGAAGGUGCUGUAGCAACAACCAAGAGUUUGGAGUUUUACGCCAAAGGAUGUCAAGUUUAGGGUUUACAUGUCGAUUUAUAAUUUCAUGUUAGGUAGAAAGUCUUUACAUUGAAUAACAGUUUAGUGUACAAAGUAAUAAGUGAUUUAAUGACAACUGAACACAAGAAAAACAAUUAGGAACUACUAAGACAAUAGUAUUUUUUUUUACAGUUUUAAAUGGUAGAAAAGACAAAAUAAGACACCUGAAUCUAGCUCUGAAAACAGUAUGGGUAAUUUAAUGGUGUUGUCUCAUCUUUUCCCCGAUUGAGUUUUAUGGUAGCUGGCCCCUGUCAUAGUAGCAUUAUCACCAACUUCUGGAUUUUCAGUCAAUUCUACAGCACAAACUCCCCUCAUACUCUCCCUGCGCAGUUUGAGACCAUGGAAAGAAAAAGGAAAGAAAAGAAAGAAACAGUUUUUUAUCAGUAGAGAUAUUGACUGGGUCCUUUCUUUACCCAGUCCUCUUUAUUUUUUCACAGCCAACUUCAUCACUUUUUCAUAUUUUACUCACAGCUUUAUCGAUCAGCCUCCCAUCUGAUUCUAUUCAAUUUCUACUCCUCAAGUCUUACCUGUAAAGAAGAAUUACAUUGGGAAAAUCUGCAGAACACUGAUUAAAGCUGCAAAUGGUGUUCAAAAAAGAAUUUACAUCAACAUUUAUACAUAUCCUACAAGAAAAAUUAAUAGUAAUAAUAAUAAUUGGCUAAUAGAAACUUGUACUUCAAUUCAAUGAAUCCAUAAAGAUUAUGUCCUCUACAGAAUCUGUGUAUUAACGAGGAGGUGCGUCGCUUGGGAAGCAUACAGCGCAUUAAUGACCGCUGCAUGGAGAUGCAGAAAAACAAACACGGUAGGCAUUUAUCACUCCCUGACUCUAGGACUACUGAAUUUGCACAAACACAAUUUCAUCAGAUCUGAAAUCUUGAAAAAGUUUCAAGGUUUGAUUGUAUUACAUGUAAGUUUAGGGUUAGGGUUAGGUUUAGUUUAAACACGAAAAACUUUGACAUAAAAUAAUAUUAGACUCAAAACAACUCCAGUAAAGUCUUCAUAAACAUAAACCUUAAUACCUCCAGCUAAUCCUUGAAACUUUCAUUUUGCAGAAAAGCAUCAGCCUGAGGAGGGGGGUAAGCGAAAGCGGAGUGCAGCGAACAGUGUGUGCCCCUAUAACAAAGCUUUAGCAAAGCAGCAAAUGAGGGAUGAUAUCUUGGCUUCAGUUCACGACAUCGAGCAGAUGUUGAAGCUGGGCAGAGAAACACACUCAUGUCCGUACUACUCCACGCGCUUAGCUGUCCCCUCUGCACAGGUAACACCGCACCUCAUCCACCUCUGUGUCUUUUCCUGUGGGAGAUCUUUUGCCUCCUGUUCCACAUCAAUAAUUCUGUGCUUUUCAUAUAUAUAUAUAUAUAUAAAUCUGAGGGCUCACUGGAGCAGGAAACAGUCAGAUUGCAGUUCUUUAAGGUAUCGAUUGACUGUUUUUCCAUCAAGCUUCAUUCUAUUUGUUGACCUGUAGUGUCUUUGUUUAUUGCGUCUUCAUAGUUAGUGGUGCUGCCCUAUCAAAUGUUGCUCCAUGAAGCUACAAGAAAGGCAGCUGGAGUCCAACUGAAGGGACAGGUAUUUCACGCUUUUGCUUUGUCACUGAUUUUCUGAUAUGGAAACUUUAUUAAGCUAAAAACAACAUAGUUAACAUUUUGUCAUUAGAUGCUAUUAUUAUAGGUAUAUGUUGUUUAAAAAUAUUAUAGUACCUGUUGUUUCUGCCAUGCUUCCACUAUAUUCUUCAACACAAGGCAGAAUUGAUCUGGCGUGUUACUGACCGCAGGGUAUUUUUCUAGGUGGUGAUAAUAGAUGAAGCUCACAACCUCAGUGACACGUUAUCUUGCAUACACAGCGCAGAGCUCACUGGAGCGCAGGUAAACACAUGAUCUAUAAAAUACACGUUUAAAUCAGUCUCCAUGUGACGUGCUGAAAUGUGAAUCCUCCACAGCUUUGCCGAGCUCAUUCUCAGCUCUCCCAGUACACUGUACGCUUUAAGUAAGUGUUUUCCCACAAACUUUCAAUAUGCACUUCAUUAUUAUUAAUAAUAACCAUAUUUGGUAUUACUUUUAUUAUAACUCUUGAUGUUUUUGUUUGUACGUCUUUAGGAGCAGACUGAAGGCAAAAAACCUGAUGUACAUCAAACAGAUUCUGUUUGUGAUUGAGGGACUCAUCCGGGCGCUUGGAGGUAAGCUUGUGAGGACUUGUACAUCUCUGUGAUGAUUAAUUGUUACAAGUGUGCAACAUGGAUUGGACAGGACUUCUGAUGGACAGGAACAAAUGCUCAUAUUUUUGAUCACUUGCCCCAGCCAAGCAGCCAGCCCACUGUGGAUUGAAGAUGACUUACUGUAUCUGAUUGGAACAGAAAUGUCUCAGAAAAUAUUCAAAUGAAAAAAUUAAUGAUCUCUGAAAUUAUAUUGUUUAAUUAUUCUCUCAUCGGCUCACUUGUUUGAAAGUAUAAAUGUUAUCUUUGCAGGAAAAGUUGGCCAAAAUCCACAAAGCCAAGCUACACAAACAGGUCUGUAAAUAAAUAUGCAACCCUUUAAUCAUAAAAUAUAUUUUUUUGAUGAUUCUGCCAACCAGCCUUUUCUCUUUAUCAUGCAGGAACUGAGCUACACACCAUUAACAACUUUCUCUUCAUGGCUCAGAUUGACAACAUCAACCUGUUCAAGGUAUCUGCUAAAAUCGCUGCCUUACCUUCUUGACAGCUUUUUCAAGAAAAUAUUCUCAUUUCUUCACUUUUAUCCAUUUUUAGUUGCAGAGAUACUUUGAGAAGAGCAUGAUCAGCAGAAAAGUAAGAGCUUCAUUUGCAUGUGCUGUAUAGAUGUAUCCAUUUUUUGCCUAAGUCUAGAUCGUAACAAGAUCUGCUGUAAAAAUAUCUGCAUGCCUCAUAUUUCUGCAGCUGGGUGGCUUUGUGGAGAAGUAUGCGGGAUCAGGUGUGAGUCUGCACACCCAGAGCCACGCCAACAAAGAGAACAGACGCACAGAGGGAUUGAAUCGCUAUCUUAAAACUUUACAGAGCAACCAGAGCGUACCACCAGGUCAGCGAGUGGAUAUUUGCCUCGACUUUAUCCAACCAUGUCUCAGUGCAAACAUUACUAUUUUGUAUCGUUACCUGCAGACUAUUCGACUAAAUCGUAUGCGAAAUUUGCUGAAAUCUACUUUCCUCCAGAGUAGUCAUUUUAACUUUCCACUGGCUAACUUAAGCACUAAAUUUAAUCUCAAACAUUUCCUCACAUGAAAUGUAUCAACAGACAGAAAGAAUAUCUCAGUUUUUUCCUCUUUAUGACAUAUUUUUUCUGUGCCCCCCUCUCUGCAGUUCUUCCAGAAAACCAUCAGGGGUCAGCAGAGGCAGAGAAAGUGCUGUCUGUGUCUCCCAUGAUGCAGGUGGAGGGUUUCUUCAUGGCUCUCACCAACAGCAACACAGACGGCAGAGUGGUGGUGCACAAACAAGGUACUAUUAAAGUGAAAUGAAAUAUAGCUAUCAAAGAAAAAGGUUAGAAAUUGCUGCUUUUUUCCCCCCACUCAGGGAUCUUGUCAGAGAGCAGUGUCAGGUUCCUGCUGUUGAAUCCAGCAGUCCACUUUGCUCAGGUGCUGAAGGAGUGCAGAGCAGUGAUCAUCGCAGGGGGAACCAUGCAGCCAGUAAGUUAAUUUCAGAUUGACAAAAAUAAAGUAAAACUCAGUUGUCAGGGUUUCUUAUUCUGGGAGGCGCUGUUUUUAGGUUUCAGACUUCAAACAAGAGCUGCUGUUUUCUGCUGGAGUGGGAGAGGAACGCAUCACUGAGUUUUCCUGUGGUGAGUGUCCUAUUUUGUGGUGCAGCAGUACUUUGUGGAGUCCCUUUUUUUAAAAACUUUUUUUUAGUCAUGUAUUUAUUACACUUUACAUUUGAUAAAUAACGAUGCUUGAAAAACUCUAAAAAUUAAUGUCUUUUUCAUAACUCACUUGGAUAAAUAACACUUAAGAACCACACCUAGUUUGAAUGAUGGAGGUGAAAACUGGGACCUAAGGUGAGGGAUAAAUUUAGAGAGAGAGACCAGAUCCCAGAUAGGACCGUUUUUCUAUUUCAUCCUAGGGUUAGGAUAUUGAGCCAGGGAGAUUGUGUGUUAUGAGCCAUCUGAAAAACACCUGUGUCAGCGCCAGACAGAACUCAAGACAUGCACUGAUACUACUCCUCAAGUUUCUCCUACAAUCAUUGCUCAGUACUUUUGAACAUAAGGUCUCAGUUACAGCAGGUUUGUGUGCACGUGUUUGCAUUUGUAUUGAACCAAUUCAAUUUAACAUUUUACUUUACAUUUGUGUUUAGGUCAUGUCAUUCCUCCUGAGAAUAUUCUUCCCCUCGUCUUGUGCAGCGGCCCGUCUGGUCAGGAGCUAGAUUUUACUUUUCAAAAGAGAGACUCUCCACACAUGGUAACACACACACAAACACACACUCAUUCACACACUGUUACAUCUUUAAAAAACAGCUGCAGUGCUCACUCUGCAGCUACUGCAAACUUGUGCCUGUCUGUUCACAGAUGGAUGAGACAGGGCGCAUUCUCUCCAACAUUUGUAAUGUGGUCCCAGGCGGAGUUGUUUGUUUCUUCCCUUCAUACGAGUACUCGAGACGGAUCGUUUCUCACUGGGAGGCCAGUGGAGCUCUGGCGCGUCUGGCCAACAAGAAGAAGGUGCGUGAUGUUUUUAUCAAAUGAGCUGAUCUGAGAACGUCUUUAUUUUUUUCUCCACACCUCAGCUCAGCUUGAAAAGCGAAGCAUUUGAAUGUAAUCAAAAUUACUCCGUCAGAUCUUCCAGGAGCCGAAGAAAGCUAACCAGGUUGAGCAGGUGCUGAACGAGUUCUCCCGCUGUAUCCAGGUAGAGCUGUCACAGCUAACACAUCAGCCUUCAGCAGAGUGCACAAAUUGACUCAUCUUAACUCUUUCUGUCUCUUUUUCUUUUGUCAGAGAUGUGCCGUGGACAGCAGCGGGCUCACUGGAGCAUUGUUGUUCUCUGUGGUGGGAGGAAAGAUGAGCGAGGGCAUCAAUUUUUCCGAUGAUCUGGGAAGGUGUGUGUGUGCGAGUCACAUCGAAAACCUUACACAGCUUAAUGCUGCGUUCAGUGUAAAAUAGUUUAUCUCAUCUUCUGUUUGUAUCACUGGCAGGUGUGUGGUGAUGGUGGGAAUGCCGUAUCCCAACAUCAAAUCUCCAGAGCUGCAGGAAAAGAUGUCCUAUCUGGACAAACACAUGGUGACUCUCUUUCCCAUCAAGAAAUAAUUCAACAGGAGAGCAGGAUUUCUUUUUAAAAAUAAAUAUACUUUUCAUCCUCUGUCAGUCUCACAGUGGAGGGAGGAGCCCUGGACAAGCAUUAAUAGAAAACCUCUGCAUGAAGGCUGUUAAUCAGUCCAUCGGUAAUCAUGAAAAUCCAUGACAACAGAUAAGAUUCUUAGAAUUGCUGAAACAUUUACUGAAGGUGGCAUUCAAAUGUACUGACGUCUACCCACAGGAAGAGCUAUCCGUCACCGUGGCGACUAUUCCUCAAUGGUGCUGUGUGACAGACGAUAUUCUCGGCCCGCUACCCUUGCUAAAUUGCCCACAUGGAUCAAAGAUCGCACCAGCACGCACGCCACAUUUGGCUCUGCUUUUGCUGCGUUACGCAAGGUGAGAAAUACACUUUAAUUGAAGUAAAACACGUAAAAAACUAAAACCUCUAAUUUAUGUUUUUUUUUUCCUGUUUUAGUUCUUCCUGGAGAAGAAGCAGAUGCAGGUGUAAUGUCAUCUUAACUCAUCUCAUCUUUAUUGAUGAGGAACAUUUGGGGGAACUUCAGAGAUGUGUUCUAAUAAAAAUACAAAAAAAUAUAAAAUACUAAAUGUUAAUGACUGGGCCUUUGUUGUAGCCCUUUAAAGUUGCUUUAUAUAAUCAUUUUGAAGGUUUUGAGGCCAGCAAAGGUCUGACAGCUCCAGGCUGGAGCUAUAGGGUCAACCAGGCAGGCGACGUUUUGUUUUCAUUAAACCAUUCUGACUCUGUUUUACAUUUCAGCAUUCAAACAUUGUCCUUUCCGUGUGUUCUGUCAAGACCUACUUUCAUAUUUAGUCAAGAGAAGAGAGGAAAAAUGGGAGAAUAUGAGCCUGAAGACGCCAAACUGUGUGUAUUCAUCAGUGUUACAGUCCUGUGAUGUUUUUUGAAAUUCACCUAGAAGCCAAAAGGUAUUUCUGACUAUAUGUUAAAUUUAGAAAGUAGAACUGCAGAGAUAUCAGGUUCAGCACAGGCUCAGACUUCUAUGUAACUGAUUUACCCUUGAAGGUGAAAUUAAAUAUUUAAAGCACUCAAUGCAAGCUGUUAUGUAAUGCAAAAAUUACUUUUAUUUAAUGGAGAGUUGUUAGUGAGAUGAUUUGAGUUAGACUUCUACUCAUACCUGUUUUAUGAUCAUCAUGUAAAUAUGUUUCACAAUAAAUGUGGUUAUCAAUAAAAUGUUUAUCAUUUCAAUUUCAACUGGAUUGACAAAUUAUUUAUCAUUUUAACUGAAAGUUCUGUAGGUAGGACCAUUUUUUUCAUCAUAAAUAAUAAAAAUAUUGUAAAGUGA